GCCUCUGCUGAAGAAACUCUACUGUCAGAUUGCAAAGACAUGUCCAAUCCAGAUUAAGGUCUCCACGCCGCCACCUCCUGGGACGGUCAUCCGAGCCAUGCCAGUAUACAAGAAGGCCGAACACGUCACGGAAGUGGUCAAGCGGUGCCCGAAUCAUGAACUUGGACGCGAUUUCAACGACGGCCUCUCGGCGCCCGCCAGCCAUUUAAUCCGCGUAGAAGGCAACAAUCUCUCCCAGUAUGUCGAUGACCCCGUGACGGGAAGGCAGAGCGUCAUGGUCCCUUACGAGUCCCCCCAGGUGGGCACCGAAUUUACCACCAUCCUGUACAACUUCAUGUGCAACAGCAGCUGCGUGGGAGGCAUGAACCGGAGACCGAUUUUAAUCAUCAUCACGCUGGAGACGAGAGAUGGACAAGUCUUGGGCCGCCGAUCGUUUGAAGGCCGGAUUUGUGCCUGUCCAGGACGAGACCGGAAAGCCGAUGAGGAUCACUUCCGAGAACAGCAAGCUCUGAACGAAAACGCUGCGAAGAACGGAAACCCUAAUAAGAGGACUUUCAAACAGAACCCGCAAAGUAUCCCAGCGUUGGGGGCCGGGGUUAAGAAACGGAGGCACGGCGAGGAGGAAACGUAUUACGUGCCCGUUCGAGGUCGGGAAAACUUUGAGAUGCUGAUGAAGAUCAAAGAAAGUUUGGAACUGGUUGAGCUGGUUCCUCAGCAGUUGGUCGAUUCUUACCGACAGCAGCAACAGCAGUUUCUGCAGCGACAGACGCACCUCCAUUCUCCAUCGUCCUAUGGCCCGGUCUUGUCCCCCGCGAACAAGCUUCAUCCAGGAGGCAUCAACAAGCUACCAUCCGUGAACCAGCUGGUGGGGCAGCCUCUUCAGCAGGGGCCUGGCACGGGACCCAACCUUGGGCCUAUGGGCCCGACGAUGCUCAACAAUCACACCAUGCAGUCCAACGGAGAGAUGAACGGGGUGCACUCCUCCCAGCCGAUGGUCUCCAGCUCGCACUGCACUCCCCCGCCACCCUACAAUCCAGACCCCAGCCUUGUCAGUUUUCUAACCGGAUUAGGCUGCCCGAACUGCAUCGACUAUUUUACUUCUCAAGGUUUACAGACCCUUUAUCACCUGCAGAAUUUGACCUUGGAGGAUCUUGCGGCGCUGAAGAUCCCGGAGCAGUACCGCAUGGUCAUCUGGAGGGGCCUCCAGGAUUUGAAGCAGAGCCACGAUUACGGUGGCCAGCCGCUCCUCCGUUCCAGCAGUAGCAACGCUGCCACCAUCUCCAUCGGGACUUCCGGAGAGCUGCAACGUCAGCGCGUGAUGGAAGCCGUGCAUUUCCGAGUUCGCCACACCAUCACCAUCCCAAAUCGGAGCGGGUCCGAUGAAUGGGCAGACUUUGGCUUCGACCUGCCAGAUUGCAAAUCCCGCAAACAGUCCAUCAAAGAGGAAUUUCUCGAGGGGGAAAUCAAUUGAAGGGAUCUCAGGUUGUGGGGGGGGGGAGUGAGGGAUCUGGGGCAAGCCAGCUGGGCCUGCGGACCCCAUAGAUUUUGCCGCCAGACUGAAGCCACCCCCCUCCAAAACAAAACAAAAAAGUAUUUCGGAGAGGUUGUGGCGAUGGGACCUCCGCGCUGUCCAACUUUGGUACGUCUGUCGACAUUGUCGUUGCCAAAGUGCAACCGCCACCAGAAGGAAAGAGACGGCGUUCCACCAGCAGACUCGGGAAAAUCAACAAAAAACUUGCAUUUCCACUUUCGUACGUUUUGUCCGACGUUGUUCGCACAAAAAAUGCAAACCAACCAGAAGGGAAGAGAUGCGUCCGAUCAGCAGAAUUGGGAAAUCGAUGAAAAUUUGAAUUUCCUGAACAAUCUGGGGGUCGAUUUUGCGUCCACAAGGAGAGAGAGGAUGGGCUGGUUUUCGUUCCUGAACAAUCCUCAAUUUUUCCUCCAACGACGGCCGUCCUUUCUUCUGAAAAAUGGCUUCGUUGCUCCUCAAUUCCACCCCCCUGGUUUGGUUGAAAAGAAAUCUAGAAACGAGGGGUCCCGCCUCCCCCAAGCCCCCCCCCCCCAAUCCCUUCCCUUAACGGACUGCCAAAAAGUGUUUGUUUUUCUACAGUGCUACGUAGACUGAAAACAACAACAAAAGAAAAAAAAAUGUUUAUAACUCGGUCAACAAACCGAAGUGACGUUUGUAUUAGUUAGGUUCAUCCUUUGCUCCGCUGGAGCAGACAUACGCUGUACAUAACUGUAUUUAACCACCGUCGUAAGGUUUAUGUAAGCUAUUUUAAGAUGGGUGUGGUUUUGUCUACCACCAAGGUUUGACCAUUUGGGGUGUCUAUUCCGGGGAUCUCCUAACUUGGCAACUUUAAGGUUUGUGGACGCCCAGAAUUCCCCAGUUAGCACCAAAUGGG